UCAAACUGGCAAUAGCCAUUAAAGCAACAUGCCACUUUCUACGCUUUGUAACUAUCGUAACCACCUUCCCCAUUUGUCAUUCCUAUAUUCACAUGCUAAUAACUUCGGUUGAUUAAAAUCUCCCUUUAUAUCCCCAUUUUAUCAAUAAAAAAAAUAAUUAUAAAACUUUAAUCACCUUUAAAUGUACUGUUAGAUCAUCACCAUUCUUGAAUUGCCAAAUGUGUUACGUUAUAGGGUGAAAUAUUCGAGGUUCUUAUAUUCACAUGUUAUGUGUUGAUUAAAUUUAAUCACUUUCAUCUAGAUAGAUUCCAUUUAAAUGCUCUUUUUGAUCACCCCAUUCUUGAAUUGUCAAAUGUGUUGCGUUAUAAGGUGAAAAAUUCGAGAUUUUCAAGAUUGUGAAUUAUUUUUUACGUUCUUUAAUGGCUGCAAAGAAGAUUUAUGAUACCCUUUCUAAAGAAUUGGCUGAAGAGGUGCAAAAAUGUGGUUGCAUGAAGCAAACUGGUGUUAGUUUAAGACAUAUGAUGAAUUUUGGGUGUACAUCUUCACCAAGAAAUUUGUUGAUAUCUGCUCAAUUUCUUCAUAAAGAGUUGCCUAUUAGGAUUGCUCGUAGAGCUAUUGAGCUUGAAAAUCUUCCUUAUGGAUUGUCAUCAAAGCCUGCUGUUUUAAAGGUCCGAGAUUGGUAUUUGGAUUCUUUCCGUGACCUUCGAUCAUAUCCAGAAAUAAAGGAUAAAAAUGAUGAGUUGGGAUUUACAAAAAUGGUUAAAAUGAUUAAGGUCAGGCACAAUAACGUCGUUCCUGUGAUGGCUUUGGGAAUCCAACAACUCAAGAAAGAACGGCCUAGAUUUGACUACGAGGAUUUGAGAGAAAUACACCAAUUUCUUGAUCGAUUUUACAUGUCUAGAAUUGGGAUCCGCAUGCUUAUCGGGCAGCAUGUGGCCUUACAUGAUCCUAAUCCGCCUCCCAAUUAUUUGGGCUAUAUACAUACAAAAAUGUCUCCCCUGGAGGUUGCACGCACUGCCAGUGAGGAUGCUCGGGGAAUUUGCUUACGUGAAUAUGGCAGCGCACCUGAUGUUAACAUUUACGGAGAUCCUGAUUUUACAUUCCCUUAUGUUCCAACACAUCUGCAUAUGAUGGUCUUUGAGUUGGUAAAGAAUUCUGUCCGUGCUGUACAAGAGCGGUUUAUGGACUCGGACAAAGUUGCCCCUCCUAUUCGUAUAAUAGUUGCUGAUGGUUUAGAGGAUGUCACCAUUAAGGUUUCUGAUGAAGGAGGUGGAAUACCAAGAAGUGGCCUUCCCAAAAUAUUUACUUAUCUGUACAGUACUGCUAGGAAUCCGCUGGACGAGCACUUUACGACAACUGAUGUGGCUACUGCAUGCACGAUGGCUGGUUAUGGAUAUGGAAUUCCAAUAAGUCGUUUAUAUGCUCGCUACUUUGGAGGGGAUUUGCAGAUUAUCUCCAUGGAAGGCUAUGGUACAGAUGCUUACCUUCAUUUGUCGAGGUUGGGAGAUUCAGAGGAGCCCUUAACUUGAUGUAUGACAUUGGGAGAUCAAUCUUGUUUAGAAAAUUUGCCCUAGCUACUUCAAGGGGAGAAAUUUGAAUCCUCAUUUUAGGAAAGUAAAUGAUGUAAUUGGCAGAGCUACUUUGUUCAAUACUUUAGGCUUAGUACAUAAAAAAUUGCCAGUUAAACUUGGGCACUUUGCAAUUUACAAACUUGAACUA